CAUCAGCCUCAAUAUAUCGUUCAACUGUUGUGCGAGAAGAGUGGCAUCAAUGCAACUGCGCGCAAAACUGAAGCCUCCGCCACUCCCUCUCUCUCAUUCGAUCAACCUCGUCUCGUACACUGCCUGUGAAGAUACGACAGUGUAGUUAUCUGUAAACACAGACCUCCGCUGUUCAAGGAGUGUGCUCACAUCUCUCCUUCCCUAUCCGCGUUAGUAGUGUAGGAGAGCUCUCCAGCCUCUGAAGUGGCUUCGCUCAAACGCAGCAGCGCGGUCAUCCGAGGAGACAGAGAAGAGGGCAGGAAAAGGUGCAUAUCGCGAAUUCCUCAAGGAUGGAGAAGGACUCACUGGUCAAGCCUUCGGUGGCCGAGUUGGCCGGGAGAUUCAAAGAUCACGUCACGCCGACGCCGACUCCGCACGACGAGAGGAAGCCUGUUAAAAGGAGGCCUCCUCCGUGCUCCCUGCAGCUUCACGACGUGAAACAUGACCACGGGGAACUGGAGAAACCCAGCAUCGUCUCUCCACACCCCCCCAAAUUCAAGAUGAAGACUUUCAAGAGUUCCCCUCUCAUCGAGAAGCUGCAGGCAAACCUAACCCUGUCGCCCACCUCUCUGCUACCCUCGCCCAAGAGUCCCGAGGUGAAGCUGGCGCCGACGCCCAUCUCCCCCGCAACCCAUUGCUUCUUUCCCACAAGCCCUUGCAGCCCCACCCUGAGGCCCCAGCUGUCCAGUGAGGAGGAGGAGCCGGUAUGCUUUGAGAGCCCGGGAGGGACCCCAUUACUCAGCUUCAACAAGAGUCGAGUUCGGCUGUCCUUCAAGAGGCGUCCGCCCACACGGCAGCACCGGCAGUCGUGUGUCGAGGAGGGCGUAGUCUCCGAGGGAGGGGUUGUGUCCCAAGGUAACCAAGACGUCCCCCAGGUGAACGGGGCCGAGGACCAGGUGGACCAGGUGUUUGAGCAGACAGGAGAGGGCGGGGAGAGGGGCGAGGAGACACAGGGAAGCCCCCCGUCUCACCCAGACACUCUGACAGAGACUGGAGACAAUGACAGGGACAGAGAACAGGCCAAAGAGGACAACGUUCUGGAGGAGGAGACAGGAGAGGCAGCCCCAGCCACCCAGGAUGGGAAGAAGGAAGCUGGGGAACAGGCGCUAGGUGAGCCCCAGGCUUCAGAUUCUCUGGAGGCCAUAGAGGAGGAGGAAGGGUCUUAUGGAACAAAAGGAGACAACAAGCAAACAGACAAACAGGAGUAUUCAGCUCAGCCUCGGGAGAGGGAUGACAACCUCUGAACAAUGUUCACAAAUCACUGUUGAAGAAAUACAAUGUCAUUGUGUGAGUCCCACGUGGCACCCUACUGCUUUAUAGUGCACUACCUUUGAUCAGAGACCUGGUUAAAAGUAGUGCACUAUAUAAGGAAUAGGGGUGUCAUUUGGGAUGCAUCCUCAUUAAUUAUGAAACUAGCUUGUCUUCUAAGAACCCUCGUUGGACAUUCUGUAUGCUGCAUAAUCUUGGUUCCCAGAACUAAAUCUUUCCUUGCUUCACCUGUCACAUUUAAUUGUGUCUGUUAGCAGUGUGUAGACAAUCCUCUGCAUAGCUUUGUGUUCUAUCAGAUACUGUUGGAGGUGAUACUUUCUUGUUUCUGCAGCAGUAAUAAUUAUCUUUAUAGAAUUUGGCCCAGGUGUCUCACCUCUCCUGGUUACCUCUCACCUCUCCUGGUUACCUCUCACCUCUCCUGGUUACCUGUCACCUCUCCUGGUUACCUCUCACCUCUCCUGGUUACCUGUCACCUCUCCUGGUUACCUCUCACCUCUCCUGGUUACCUCUCACCUCUCCUGGUUACCUCUCACCUCUUCUGGUCACCUCUCACUUCUCCUGGUUACCUGUCACCUCUCCUGGUUACCUCUCACCUCUCCUGGUUACCUCUCACCUCUCCUGGUUACCUCUCACCUCUCCUGGUUACCUGACACCUCUCCUGGUCACCUGUCACCUCUUCUGGUUACCUGUCACCUCUCCUGGUCACCUCUCACCUCUCCUGGUUACCUCUCACCUCUCCUGGUCAUCUCUCCUGGUCAGCUCUCACCUCUCCUGGUCACCUCUCCUGGUCACCUCUCACCUCUCCUGGUCAUCUCUCCUGGUCAGCUCUCACCUCUCCUGGUCAUCUCUCCUGGUCACCUCUCACCUCUCUUGGUCACCUCUCACCUCUCUUGGUCACCUCUCAUCUCUCCUGGUCAGCUCUCACCUCUCCUGGUCAUCUCUCCUGGUCACCUCUCACCUCUCUUGGUCACCUCUCACCUCUCCCUGGUUACCUCUCCUGGUCACCUCUCCUGGUCACCAACAGUACGUGUCACCUGUCUAUCUGAUGCUGCUGUCGGAGCAAAAAGAGUAGGACAUUUUUCGAAGGACAAUUAUGAAACAUCAUUUCAUUUUAUUUUUUAUUGUUCACUGUUUUGGGGAAUCAUGGCUUCAUUUGGCUUCCAUGAAUACACAGAUGUCUCUUUCCAAGUGCACAAUCAGAUAGUUGUGUUCAUGCCAUAUUAAAAUGUCAUACCUUUUUUUUUUUACCUUUACAUGACAUUAGAGCGUGUUCUGGUUUCCACACAAACAGCUGUUGUCUUUACAUGGCAAUGAUCAUACAGACCAGCCGCAAGGCAAUACGUAACACACUGGUUGGAAGAAAAAUAAACAUUUUAAAGAAAAGUAAGAAAGAAAGAAAGAAAGAGAGAAAGAAAGAAAGAAAGAGAGAAAGAGAGAAAGAAAGAGAGAGAGAAAGAAAGAAAGAAAGAGAGAGAGAGAAAGAAAGAGAGAACGAAAGAGAACGAGAGAGAGAGAGAGAGAGAGAGAGAGAAAAGAAAGAGAGAAAGAAAGAAAGAAAGAGAGCGAGAGACAGAGAGAGGAAAAGGGCCUCUGGUUUUAACUAGUCUUAAUGUCUGGACUCCUUUUCUGUUCUGAUGAAUGGAAUGUAAAAAAACAAACAAUAGAAAGAUCUGGAAACAGUUAACACAUCCUGUGAAACACUGCGUUCCCCUGGUCAUAACAUCACCGCAACGAUAGUGUUCAGAGGGACAGAGGAUAGUGGAGGUGAUGAAUACUCAGGCUCUACGUCCCAAAUGGCACCCUAAUUCCCCUAGAUAGUGCACUACUUUUAGACCAGGACCCAUAAGAUCUCUGGUUAAAAGUAGUGCGCUAUAUAGGGGAAUUAGGGUGCCAACCACACAAACCAUCUGACAAGCUAAAUGAGAAUAGUUUGGGUGUUCUUUUGUCCUCAGUCAUCAAAUUAUAUUUAACUUUUCCCCCUUUUGUUGUAAUUUCUCAAGGUGUUUUUUUGGGGGGGUUUUACUUACUGAUUCUGAAUCGUUGUGUAGAUUCAAGUUUAGAUGUUUUUUGUUGUUGCUUUUCAACACUGUAAAAUUACAAUGCUAGUGUUUAUGUGACACAGGAGAGUGACAGAUAUAUAGGCGUAUAUUGUAUGGCCUGAAUCUAUGGCUCUGGUCCGUAGCAUAUAAAUAAAUAUAGAAUGAAGA